GCUGUGUUUAGUAUGUAGUUUGACACCAAAGAGAACGCGUCAUCACAGCAGUAUUCCGUCAGACUUCCCAGUAUAGAUUCCCGUUGUGUGUUGCCAUUUUGAACGUGCAUUUGUGAGCGUCAUCACAAUGGCGUUCGAAGCCAUAAAAAACAGAAAAAGUGCACUAGUUUUGCUUGUUUCGCUAUUUUUUGCAACGACAUUCUUCUGUUUGCAGUAUGUUGGCAUUCAAACUGUUGGGACGACGGCCAGCCGACCGUGCCAGACACCCGUCUUUGAUUGGCGAAUUGUUAGUGCUGAAGAAAUGUCAGCGGAGGACAUGAUGAGCUAUUUCCUGUGGCCCAAUCGAACGUCCUGUCGUCUCGCACAUGAUUUCGGUGGACACAUGAAACGCAAACCAUCGGGGCUGGAUGGCCAGAAAGCAGUCUGUCUCAAUCCAGUGCAAGUGGCGCCUCCUCCUGGUGAAUGUCUGGUUUACUCUUUCGGUAUCAAUAAUGAAUGGUCUUUCGACGAUAACAUGGAACGCUAUGGCUGUCAAGUCUACGCUUUUGACCCUUCAAUGAAAGCGGAAGAUCACGACCGCAGUCCAGCCAUUCAUUUCUUCAAACUCGGUCUCCAUAGCCAAGACACGACCAACAAAAAAGGAUGGCGACUCCGCUCACUCACUUCCAUCUACGAUAUGCUGAAGAAGCGACAUGGUGAACGGAUCAUCGACUACCUAAAGAUGGACAUCGAGUUAGAUGAGUGGGCAGUCAUUCCUCAGAUAAUCAAAUCGGGAAUGCUGGACAAAAUUCGUCAGCUGGCCGUAGAGAUUCAUUUGCCUAUCAAGGAUUCUCCAGAGCAGAUGCGUGAUCGUGUCCGCAUCAUCCGCUCACUGGAGGAAGAGGGCAUGGUCCGUUUCGAUUCGAAGCUUAAUCCUUGGUACAGCGGCACGUUCAAGCUGCUCGGUUUGUCAGGCCCACGGGGCUAUGAGAUCGCUUGGUACAACAGCAAGUUUCUGAACAGCAAAUCGUCAUAAUCAACACUUUCAUUUUCUGCACACGAUUUUUUUUUUGUGUGUAAAUCUCUGUGUAGAAACUGUACAUAUUAGAUCACUUUUAAUCAAUUUGAAUCGUUUGCUACAGUUUUGUUUAGUUAACUUUGUAAUAGACUGAAAUUGAUCUGGC